CAGACUACACUAGGUUUCAAAAGACAUUUCGUAAUGAAGAAAAGUCCUAGUUCCCGAUAACCUAUGAUAUAUUCUAAAAAAUUUGCCAACGUUUUUGUUAUUGUUAUGCCGACGAAGAGUUUUCUGCUUUCUCGUGACAAGUGCAUGAGAUAUGGUUCGUGAAAAGAUUGACAAAACACGACGCACGCGAUCAGUGAACACAAGAAAUCCCCGCGCUCCAUUCUCUCACGGCUCACCCCGUUCACGUCUAUUUUGACACGAAAGCAGUUUCAAAUCCUGAGUAAAAGCCCAGCUGUGCCAGCCUUGCAAAAGUUGGAGAAAUACGAUGAAACAUGUUUGUACAGACACGCCAUGUUGUCAACAAACCUAAAGCUGCAACCGAGACACUAUAUACGUUAGAAAAUCAAUCCCGGCUACGACUUGCGUGCGUUUCGCAAAUCCUACUUGCAUUCUUUCCAUUUCCUGUUGACGAUGCACCGGAUGAAAGACCGGCCGUCAGAGGAAAUCGAUAGUUGUAAUAGAAAUUCGACAACAUGGACGUUGCGCAAAAACCAGCCAGUGGAAAUAACUUUCUCUAUUGGGUAACUUUUGAUUCCAAUCACAGAACGGACGCAAGAAGAUGAUGCCAUCCACAACGCCCCGCCCACGUCUUUUUAACGUAUCUUGAUUUUCUCUUUAACUAUUUUAUUGAUCUAAAUAAACGGAAAGAAAAGCUUCACAAAUAUCAACGGACUUACAGACGACGGAUGGUACCUUCUUUUGCAAAAUCAACGUUGAUUGGAGACGUCCGGUAAAGAGACAUGAUGAGACGAGCUGCGAUACAAAAGACCGUCCUCUUCUAUAUCUGGCAAAUGCUUCUCUACCCGUCGAGAAGCCAAAACAUUGAAGAUACUAUUCAAAUGAAAUUCACUCACACGAAUAUCGACACGAUUGUCGGACUUAGCAAUCGUUUUCGGCGUCAUGUGGUGUCAGGAAAAGAGAGUCGAGGAUCACCUGGGCCUCACUCAAAAGCUGCCAAACUUGGUGUGGGAUGAUGGCUUGGCCAACGCUGCAUGGCAGUGGGUCCAACAUUGUCAAUUUUAUCACGAUUCAAGCCUUCACGGUAUUAUAAUGUUCUUACUUUCAUUGGUGUUUAUCGCAACACACCAGAACAUUGCAAUCACGAUGAGCUCGGAGCGGUCGACCACACCGAACUGGGCCGACGCAGCUAUUCAUCCGUGGUAUGCAGAGGUUGAGCACAUAGACUGUCGUCACGUGACCAGGUUCAGGAGUUUCGAAGCUGCAAACAGACAGACAAUUAGACACAUCACGCAGUUGGUUUGAGCUAGAACGAAAGCUGUAGGAUGUGCAGCCAUCGGUUACACGAACGAUGUGCCACAUCCGAAACACGGUUUAGAUUGAUGUACGUCUGCAAUUACAGCCCACCAGGAAACAUCAUUGGCCAACCAGUUUACGAAGUUGUUUCCACUAGUCCCAGAGUCUGUCGAGAAGAGUAGCAGAGGGACGGUACUGACAAAAAUGUUUAAAUCAGUUUCAAAUUUAGCCCAAGGUUAAUAACUAAACGUUGAUUCCCUCACCCUCUGAAGGCUGUAUAGGUCAGUAACUGCUUCGUUGGCAUUUCACGAAAGGUUAUUGACCCUGUGUAGGGCUAAAAGAAAAGGGAAACCGAUGAUGUUGGGUAUCGUCUGUCUACCUGGAACUGCCUUCUUUUUUUUUCCAGUUGUCUCCAUGUGAAUCCAACUGUAAAACCUGUUGCUCAGGUUAUCUUUGAAUUUCAAAUCAGCCGUACCACAAUAGUGAGACGAGCUUUUUCCAGAUAAGUAAGAGGCCCAAAAAGUUGAAUCGACCCAUUGAACCUUUGUCCCCCAUUCCAGUCAGUAACGUCAGAAUAUUCCCCUAGUCCAUGUUACAACUAGUUGAAUCGUCAUGAGGUCAUCAAGUCUCAUUGGAAUAGUGCUAAUAGCUGUUAUGGUUGCGCCACGGCUGAACGUGUUGCAAGCUGAAAAAACGCUUCAUUUGAACAGAAAACAGGUUUUGCUUCCGUACUAUUAUCUCCGUUCUCAUUGGCCGAUAACAUCCGGGAUGGUCUUCCGCCAACAAAGCACAUCCAGCCGAUCAAAUCCAGUUUUCUGCAUUCCGGAUAAGACGUUGGCUAAAUAUCCGGUCAAACGGCCGAAACUGGCUGAUUUCUUAGAUCUGAGAGUGACUGACGAAGAGAAGCAUCUCAUUUUGGAACUGCACAAUCAACUCCGCCAGAGAGUUGCUUCCGGAAAAGAAAAUCGAGGUUCUCCUGGACCCCAACCAUCUGCCAUUUCCAUUCCCAAUUUGAAAUGGUCCCAAGAAUUAGCUGAUGCCGCCUGGGAAUGGGCAAAGCAUCUCGCCCAGCAUCACAAAUUCGAACACGGACCGGAAGGAACACCUUACGGACAAAAUCUUGGCUUUUCCAUCCUUUACGGAACGAGUAGCAGAACAUGGGACUGGGUUAUCAAUUACGAAUGGUCGUACGGAGUUAAUCACAUGAAUUGCCGAUGGGUCGAAGAGUUCAGGGAUUCAUGGACACCGAAUAAUAAAGAGCUGAUGGAACAUUACAAAAACCACACGCAGUUCGCGAAACCGAUCGGACGUUACACGCAAAUGGUUUGGGCCGAGACCACCCACGUCGGUUGUGCAGCUAUCGGAUACUCAUUCCAUCCAGGACAGCCAGUGAUCUGUUCGGAAUUGUCGGGACUCGUCAGAUUACUGUACGUCUGUAAUUACAGUCCAAAAGGCAAUAUCGUUGGUCAGCCCGUCUACAAAGUGUCUUCUAAUAAUUGCACUUCUCGUCAUCCAUAGCGGUGGGUUAUUUAACUCGCGUGAAAUUUCAGUUUAAAUACAAUCGUUCUGUGUGAA